GGAGAGGAAUGUUUCCGUACCGGUCCUCACAAGGCUGAGAUAUGGAGUAGAUAAGAGCCGCAAACCCCUUCCACCCUAUGCGUCCUAUUAGCAUCCUAAUCACAGGAAAGAUGACCUCUCGACUCCCUAUUGUCAGCAGAACAAAUGUCGCCGGCUUUCCCAAGCCCUCAGGGACCAAACUCUCAACGAGCCGGUGCUUAACUCCGAGUGUUCCAAGCCCUUGCAAUGUCGACGGUCCCUCCGAGGAGAAUUAUCCUAUAUUGUUGUACGACAAAUACGUGUACUGGCCCCUUUCGUAUGAGGAUGGCCGCUUCUCUUUCGCUAUCGUCCGUACCUCGAAUAUUUCGACCAAGCCGAUUGAUAUGUUGGAGAUCAAAGGCGCAAAAUGCAUUGAUUCGAUCGAACUCUCCCCCGGAAAUGAGUCUGUCAGCUUCAUCGGCCACGACAAUAAGGCUGUCUCGGUUGCAUUUAACGACCUUGCUGCCUCUCCGGUACUGCCCACCGCACAGUCGCCGCUCUCUUCUCUAUCUUCGGCUCCUGUUUACGACACCUCCGACCUCGAAGAUGAUUUGGAGGUUGGUGCAAUUGUAGGAAUCGUUGUCGGGUCCGUCCUAGGGGCCAUGAUUACUGUUAUUGGAAGCUAUCUAUACUGGCAAAUGCUUCGACGGAAAAGAAGAGCGGUCUCACUCAGUGGUCGACAAAGGCUUUCGACGGAGGAGCUAAGAAAUGGAGAACCAGACAGUAGAGAUCGGUCUUCCCUUUUGGGUUAUGGCAGGAGGGGAUCAUGCCGCCCGACAGAUAGUCGUUCCAUUGUUUCAAGCCAUGGAAACCCCAGCAACAUUCCGGAUUAUGGCACGCUUGUUCGUUCCGAAACUUUUAGUUCGAUUGGUAGCAAUCCUCUUGAUGACGGGCCAGGAGACUCACAUCAAAGUAACGGAAGUCGAUAAAGGAAGAAAGGUGGAGACUAUUUGAGAUCAUGUUUCCUUAAUUAUCAUGGUCGCGGUUAUUUUGUGCUCGAUAUUUGUGAAUUGGCAAUAAGUAAUUUACGAUUCACACUCCAAUCUCUCGACAGUUUUGUUCAGGGUACCCAGCCACCACUGCG